ACUACUACUGCUGCUGCUAUUACUACUACUGCUUCUACUACUACUGGUACUUCUACUUCUACUGCUACUACUACUGCUGCUGCUAUUACUACUACUGCUAGUGCUACUGCUUCUACCACUACUACUUCUACUUCUACUACUGGACCCCCAUAA